UCAACAAAUGGAAACAAGCAAAUCUUUGUCACAUCCUAAUAUAGUUGUGAUUCAAGGUGUUGUGAAAGUAAGCAUCUUUGUUGCCACCACAUGACCACCCAUCAUAGGGCUUUGAGAGCACAAAACGCCAAUUAACCAUGACCAUUCAAGAGUCUUAGGGUACUACUGCUCACUGCCACCACUUCCCCCUUUUAGUACAAUGCUUGAUAGACCUCUUAUGUCCUAUGACAAAUGUCAAAUUAGAUUUAACUUUCUCUCUCUCUCUCUCUAUCUAUCUCUCUCUCUCACAUUCAAAACACACUCAAGAAAAACACACACUACCCACAGAUGUUAUCUGAUCAUAGUGGUUGUGGUGGUGAUGAUGUCAACAAUCUAAACACAAAUCACCAUAAUCUUAAUAGGGCUUCAAGAAGAUCCACCACACUGUCAUCAUCUUCUUCCUCCACCACCUCUUCCAACCACUCACCGUUUUCGGCUCCUUUGUCUGUUAACCAGAUCAGGAGUCCAAACGCCACCAGAACAAUGGAGGAGGUUUGGAAAGAUAUCAACCUCUCCACCACCAACCACCCUGCCGACGGUAACAAAGGCUACCGUGGCUUCAUCCUCCAAGACUUCCUGGCGAAACCCUUUUCCAAUAAUGACACACCCACGACUCUUUCUUCACCUGGCUACGGAUCCCCGUCUCCGCCACCACCACCUCCGCCACCGGUGUCUCAACCCUCGAUGCUGUUGAACCUGAACUCGGGUCCGGAUCAGUUGAAUUUUCUAGUGGACGGUCCGACCCGCACUGUUUGUCCUCUGGAUGUCCCGUUUGACCAUGUUAUGGGAUCGUCCAACUCGUCUUCAGGGUUGCUGGGGCAAAGCAUUGGUGGGAUGAGGAUGUUGCCGGAGACCGACAGGAUUGGUGGUGGCGAACGCCGGCACAAACGCAUGAUAAAGAACCGGGAGUCGGCCGCUCGUUCACGGGCCAGGAAGCAGGCUUACAUGAAUGAGUUGGAAAAUGAAGUAGAGCGUUUGAAAGAAGAAAAUGCCAAGCUGAAAAGACAACAACAACAGUUACAAGUGGCGACAGCUGCUCAAAUGACUAAAAAGGGGGGCCUCCAGAGAACAUCAACUGCUCCAUUUUAAGACAAGGAGGGGGGUAUAUUUUAGGAAAGAGUGAAAAUAGGUAAGAAUGAAAUUUUGAGGGGUGUUUAUGAAAUUAGACAUAAGAGGAAGGGGGUGGCAGGUAGAAUGUUAUGUUAUGUCAUUUUGGGUCAAUUUUUCCAAGCAUGCAAAAGCUUGUUGGUCGUCUUUUUUUUUUUGUUGUACUUUUGGCCCACUUGCUAAAUUGGUAAUUUAACAAUCCUAGGCAUCGAAAAUGACAUGGAAUUUGGAAUUGCCUUUUCUUUAUGCUCCAAAUCUAAUGGCCCAACCAAACAUUGUCCAUA